AUGACGCUCCAGACCGUGUCAUUGCUCGACCCGCCCCGUUUCAACGCUCUGUCGUAUUGCUGUGGUACGGACCCCCCAAGCAGACCAGUCCUAUUGCACGGCAACGUCACGUUGAUCACCGCAAACUUGGAGUCCGGCCUCCGGCAGCUGCGCACAAAUGAUGUGAAUGAUGCAUUGGUGGUAAUGCCGUUGUGGGUCGAUGCACUGUGCAUCAGCCAAGAGGACGUGGAAGAACGCUCGCAGCAGGUAUUGCUUAUGCGAGAGGUGUACAGUCAGGCAGCGGAAGUCAAAGUCUGGCUUGGAGAUGCUGACGACGAUACGGAGUUUGCCAUCCAUUGCCUGCGUCGGAUCAUCACUGGAGAAUUGGACGGCCGGGAUUUCGCUCGGACUGACCUGGCGAUCUUCAAAAGCGAGAUGAUAGCAGUGGCUUCUCUUUUCCGACGUCGAUACUGGACAAGAAGAUGGAUACUGCAAGAGCAACUGCUCGCGAAAAACAUGAGAUUGUACUGCGGCCAGUGUAGCGUCUCGUGGUCCGUUUCUGAGCGGAAAGCCGUCUCCGAAUACCACUACCGCUUUUUCACGAACUCCGCUUCAUUUCCAAAACGUCUCGGUAUUCCAGGCUUCUGGAAAAGCAUAGUCGACAUCAUCGACGCCAUUGACCCUGUAAAAUCCAUCUAUUCCGCCCAGUCAAGAGGUGAGGACCUGCCCGAUUGGCCUUGGCGUCUCGAUACUUUCCUGGACGAUGUCGCAACCCACGAGUGUCUACGACCUCACGACAUUGUCUAUGCCCUACUAGGCAUCCUUCCGAACACGGAUAUCAUUCCAGACUACUCUGCACCCCUAGCCACGGUACUGACAGACUACGUCUACCGGCUGAUGACCGAGUCAGACCAACUCAACAUCCUCUAUCGGCUACGCAGCUCAGAUUCGACGCUGCCCUCCUGGGUUCCUGAGAUGCGCCCUGAAGUACUUAAGCGACUACGUUCUUCGGAGCGUCUGAUCAGGGACUUGCUGGGUCAUGCGUUGUACCAAUGCGCAGCAGGACACUUCGCAGCCCCUUUCCUCCAGCUGGAGCGAAACAUGCUGUGCGUUCUGGGCUUUCAACUCGACAGCAUCGCAGCGAUCGGCACUAAGCACCCCAAUUUCAAGCUGUCAAGUCCCAAUCAGGUCCAGGGAAACCUACCAUCAGACUGGUGGGCUUUAUACAGCGCUCAUUGCCAGCAAAAUGACCCUGAGUUGAACGCCGAGGGUAUCGAGAACGACUUAUUCCGUAUUUACUACCGCGACCGGCUGUCUGGCAUGGCCGCGAGCCAUGCGGGUGUGUAUUCGGGAAAACGAAACUUCCGUCUGACGGAUGACGAUGUCGCGGAGUGCAGGGCCGAUGCGUAUGCAGAGUAUCCCUUUGCAUCCGUUGGUCUGAAGACCUUUUUCGUAACGCAGGAUGGACGAGCGGGAAUGACGCAUACAGGUCCGCAGGUGGGAGAUUGCAUCUUCGCAAUCGCUGGACUUGGCAUGCCCCUGAUCCUGAGGAAGACCGAUAAGGCAGAUGGGCAUCCAGCAGCUUGGGAGAAGAUCGCGGUGUGUUAUCUACAUGUCCACCUCUUCCAGUGUAGCCACCUGCUAUCAAACCACUUUCAACGUGAACAACUCACCUCCGACCCGAACCAUCUCCACCACCAGAACACCCUCUCCCACACAAAUUGCGCUCUUCCACUCUCCACCCUACUCUUGCUCUUCCCUCUCUUUCUCCCACCCGCCUUCGCUGGUGACUCGGACGGUGGACCUCCUAAGUCAUCACCGAAAAUCGAAAGAGUCGCCGCCGAAGUGUCCCCACCAUUGCGAAUGCUGCUGUGCUGGAGAAAGCCACGUGAAGAACGGAUACUACCAUUCGACGAGGAACAUGAGGAUACGUGCUAUUGCGUGGCACCGAGCAGCAAUGGAGGCGAUCCGAAGGGAUGUGAAGCUCCUUGCAAGCCAAAUAAGAAGAAGCCGCCUGCGCUUCUCGCGGGUUAA